AUGACAAAUGGGAUAAGAAAGGUUAGGCUAGUAGUGGAUAUUUUCAACAAAAGAGUUCUUGAUUCUUGUAAGUUCAUCUUGGACACAGUGCUUCAGAAGACGGCCUUGUCUACAGCAAUCUUUUCCUUGCAGUCGGCAGAAAUAAAGUGUACUGCAGGAGUCCUAGCCACAGCUACCAGUAUUUCUGCCCAAGCAGCAUGUACUGGUGCAGGGGAUCUUUGUUUUAACAAGUUUUCUGGGUUGAGCACUUGUACUCCUUGUCCAACUGGAACCAGUUGCAAGCCAGUGAUUACAGCUGGUAUUGAAGGCAGCAGCUAUUGUCAGUUUGAUAUUUGUCUAGCAGAGGGAGUAUCAUGUGCUUAUGAUGUUGGAGUCUGCUGUACAGAUUUAUCAUGUACACCAGAUGGUACAGGAGACUUGAAAUGUACUGCACCUCCUACCACAACUACUACUACUACUACUACCACGACUACUACCACUACCACAACUACUACUACUACCACUACCACAACAACUUCCACUACUACAACUACUUCUACCACAACAACUACAACCACUGCUGCCCCAACAACCACUACUACUGUAACAACUACAACAACAGUUGAUAGCAGUGAGGAAUCUGGAAGCAAAGAAGGAAAGAAAGGAAGCAAAGAAAAGAAAGGAAAGAAGGGAAAGAAAGGAAAGAAAGGAAAAAUCGGAAGCAAGGAAAAGAAAGGAAAAUAAGAACACCAGCAUCAUAUGAUUAAAUGUAGGUGGCAUGAAUUAGGAAUAACUGAUAAUUUAUUUUUUUGUAAAAUAAAUUUGCAAUUAUA